AUGCUCGAACUUAGCACCUCGUGGCAUAAUGUCAAAGAUUUGGGUAUCGCUCAUCUCCAAGCUGUGCAAAAUGUCAUUCUCAACUGCGCAGUGGAGUCCCCAGAUGGAUCCCAACCACCGGACUUCUUCAAUGAAGCACUGAUAUACUGGAAAAUGAUUACGUGUGUCUUGAAUGAGAAUGUCACCCUGAACGACUAUUCGGUUCAAUACGAACCUCAACCAUCUGGAGUUGCUACGUGCAAAUGCCUGACGCUUGGAAGUGUGGCGCAGAUAAGAUCCCAUCCAUGGACUGGCGUUGCCUCAGUGCCUCAAACCAUGUUUACCCGAGUCGUGCGUCUAAUCCAGGAAGUCCGAAUAUUCGAACAGGGGCAGCUGACGACUCGCCGGUCAGGGUCCUUUCCGAAUCGCCCCAGGGAUUUUCUGCUGUCGGUCCACAUGUUGGAAGAAGAGCUCUGGAGCUUGGAACUUCCAAGCCUGCAUGAAAUAGCUAAUACAGGAGACGAGAAUACUCCAGCAAUCCACCACCUCCUACCCGCAGAAACGUACAUGUUUGCAAACCUGAACCAACUUUACUAUACAUCCCCUAACCUAUGCCGAAGGAGAGCAAAAGAGAUUAUAGAAAUAUCCGAAGCUGAGGGGACGAGCGAUUUCUCUUGGGCAGAGAGUCAAGCAGGGCUAUGCUCGGCUCUGUCGUGUUCCAAUAGAAACACAGAAAAACGGCUUAUGUUUAUUGGACGGAGCAUUCUUACGCGACUGGAAGAGAUCAGAGUCAGCUCCGGGACGUCUUGGGUUCAGCCACUCUUGCUUCUUGUAGGGUCGGCAUGCUUACCGACUACUCCUGAACUGGAGGGCGGUGAAGAGGAAGAGAUUCUCCGGAUGCGUAGAUUCGUCCUCGACCGACUCUCCUAUCUUUCCAUCGCCUACCUUUCCGAACCGAUGCAUUGUGUGAAGCUAAUGGUCUUGGAGAUUUUCAAGCGUCUGGACAUUGGAGUCAAUGUGUUUUGGAUGGAUGUUUUGCACUCUAUGGGUCUGGUCACGAUUAUAGGCUGA